UCCACAGCAUCGACAUGUCCACGUCGCAGAUGGACUAGAGACGACCAUGGAAAAGGAGCAGUUCACGCCGGCGCGACUGUCCUUCUUCUCCAUCUACAGCCCGCCGCUGGGACCGACGGACGAGACGUUUGGCGAUCAAGUGGUAUUCUACUAUUCGCGGUCAGCGCAGGAAGCGCGUGCAAAGGGCAAAGCAACAGCAGACGAAGACCGACUGUCGGAGAAUGAAAAGCUGCUACAGAUCGGCCUUGCCCAAGGCAUGGCAGGCUUCGCCAGGAACUUUUCCGAUGGGGAGCCCAUUGAAGCCGUCGAGACCGAGAAGUCGCGUAUCUUGAUGCACGAACUGGAAAAGGACUGGUGGGUGCUGGCCUCCAUCGAUCUCACUCGUCUCCCGUCGUCCAACAAAGAGCACGAGUACGAAUACUCGUCACGCGAAGUCAGCCCGGCACCGCUGCUCCUACAACAGAUCCUGACAGCCUUCCGUGUCUUCACCCUCCACCAUGGCCCGUCACUCAGCGACCUCUAUGUCAGACUUACGAAAGACAAGUUCUCUGCUACCCUCGAUCGCUUCUGGACUCGCUUCUGUCGCAACUGGGAGGUUCUACUACACGGCAACCCUGCUGUCGACAUCUUCGGAGGCCUGAAACUCGCAUCAGGUGGUGAAUUGGGCUAUGGCGUUGGCGAGGAAGAUUGGGGCAGUGGAGACCGAGAAGUGCUGGAAGACCUGGUACACCGCACCGAAGGUCUUGUCGACCUGCUGGUCCACCGUUUUGGUGAAGCCGCCCCACAAGAAUCUGACCACAACAACGACCAAUACACUCAGGACACUCUGGAAGACUCGAGGAAAGGGCUCCCAUGGCUGGGCUGCGGUCAUGAGCCCCAGGCUCAAGACGGUCUUGUUUUCAGCGGUGUCGGUGCCAUCACUCGUCCUUCGAUUCGCGACAUCUCCACAUGGGUCCGUGAUAUCUACGCCUAUGGCGAGCACGCUUAUGGUGUAAAGGACAACCCACAUCGCCAACGUCGUAAGAGACGUAGGCGCCAACCCGCGGGCAGUCCAGAUGUCGAACUUGAGACCCCUCCCGCUACCGAAGAGGAUCUCAAGAAAAAAGCUACCCAUACCUUGAAGGAUAUCAAGCUCCCUCACGACCCUCGCCCACAGAUGCAUGACAGAGUAGCUUCUCAAGAUCAUGCGACGGGUGAUCAAGGCACUCAAGUCGCUUCGCAUCCUGGUAUCCCACCUCCUAUAGUGAGCGCUGUUGAAGCCUCGCUUGACCGAGCAAGUGCUUCGGCCGACGCUCAUGCUUCUGACCAGCCACCGAUGCCCUCUAAACAAUCGUCAGGCUGGGGACUUGGAAGCUCUGACAAAUGGGUCAAAUAUCUCACAUUCGGUCUAGCAUCUGGAGGCAAGCGCGCAGAGUCACCAAAGCGACAACGACCAGAAUGCCCGCGUCGAACCUCCACAUCUAGCCCAAAGACUGUCAAGGGUGUUCCAUUUCCCAAAUCGAAAGACGACAAGGACGAAGCCCCUAUGCAGCAUCUCGACCCCAGUCCGGACGGCUCCCAAGCAAUGGCUGCCGUCCAGCGUCAACGCCGACAAGAAAACAUAGGUCACUUUCUCAUCGGCUAUCGCGGGGACCUUGAACGCGAACCAGCAGAAGACGACGACAGCGAUACCACUAUCGGCGGUUCCGAGACUCCCGAGGCCGAAACCAACCUCUUACGUACCAUCAGGGUCGAACUGGCCGAUAGGGAAACCCAAGACGAGGACCUAGAUUCGCGCGACAGUUUCGUGAACAACGACACCUCAUCACGAUUGCGCGUAUUGGUCUACGUGCAUCGACCAUUCAUCCACGUCUUUCUUUUUGAGCAAAGGACACCUUCCCUCAGUAUCAUGGCAUUUUACCGCGAACUGCACAAACACCUACGCCCCUUGCACAAAAGCCUUCUCAACAGCACAUCUGCGCAAAAUGUUGCAGACAGGAUAGCAGCAGCACACACCUCGCCCCCCGAACCCAACUCUGUAAACCCACAAGCAGCGCCUUUCGCUCCACCCCGCAACAGCCCUGUCUUCGACCUCGUCUACGACCCCGUAAAUCUCAGCUGCCACACUUCCCUCCCCAACAUUCCCGAACCCGGACAAGUAAUUCCGAUCGGAGGCAGUGUAAGCACAGCCAGUAGUGGCAAAGAUGGACCACCCCAAUGGACUCGCUUAGAAGCCCUAAACGUCCACUCCCAUAUCCUCUUCACCCUGCACCAUUCGGCCAGAAACGCCCAAGAAACCGAACGUACCUCCAAGACCUCCCGACAUUGGUGGGUCGUAUGGCUACGCAUCCCCCAACCCGGCGAGGAAGACGGAAAACACCCUCGUCCUGAACACUGUCGUACCGCGUUCUUGGUAAGGAAAGCUAGGGAUCACGUUGUGGAGAGGAAGGGUCUGGGAGGUGGUGCAAAGGGUAUGGCUAGUAGGGUUAGUAGUGGCAUGUAUAAUCUCGUUGGUGCGAGGGGAGGUGGUAGUGUGGAGCAGACAGAGGAGAACUCGGGUAAUGGAUGGGGUAGUGCGGCUGCUUUGGCUGGGGGUAUUGGGAUUGAUGCGAGGAAGUAUGUGGAGAAUUUGCUGAGUUUGAAUCGCUAAGGAUGAUAUACUG